CACCCCGGCCCCGCCCCUGCCCCGCAGCACCAUGAUGGCCAACGCGGCCACCAUGAGGAUCCUCAUCAAGGGGGGCAAGGUGGUGAACGACGACUGCACGCUCGAGGCCGACGUCUACAUCGAGAACGGCAUCAUCCAGCAAGUGGGGCGCGAGCUGAUGAUCCCCGGCGGGGCCAAGGUCAUCGACGCCACCGGCAAGCUCGUCAUCCCGGGCGGCAUCGACACCAGCACCCACUUCCACCAGACCUUCAUGAACGCCACCUGCGUCGACGACUUCUACCACGGCACCAAGGCAGCGCUGGUGGGGGGCACGACGAUGAUCAUCGGCCACGUCCUGCCCGACAAGGAGACGUCGCUGCUGGACGCCUACGAGAAGUGCCGCAGCCUGGCCGACCCCAAGGUGUGCUGUGACUACGCCCUGCACAUGGGCAUCACCUGGUGGGCGCCCAAGGUGAAGGCAGAGAUGGAGACGCUGGUGCGGGAGAAGGGGGUGAACUCCUUCCAGAUGUUCAUGACCUACAAGGACCUGUACAUGCUGCGGGACAGCGAGCUCUACCAGGUCCUGCGCGCCUGCCGCGACUUCGGCGCCAUCGCCCGCGUCCACGCCGAGAACGGGGAGCUGGUGGCUGAGGGAGCCAAGGAAGCGCUGGAUCUGGGCAUCACGGGGCCGGAGGGCAUCGAGAUCAGCCGGCCCGAGGAGCUGGAAGCCGAGGCCACGCACCGUGUCAUCACCAUCGCCAACAGGACCCACUGCCCUGUGUACCUGGUGAACGUCUCCAGCAUGUCUGCGGGGGACGUCAUCGCCGCUGCCAAGAUGCAAGGUAGGGGGCACGGGUGGGGACCCACCUCCCCAGCACGUGUGUGGGCAAGGGGGACCUGUGAAGGCACAGAAACACCCACAGACACGGGACACAUGUGGGCACCGGGCAGGUUGUGGGCUUGGAGGAAGGUAGACGUGGAUGGUAGAGCUGUGGGCACGCAGAGACACACGGGAAGGGACGGACACAGGAAGGGACAGACACACGGGCACAGGAACAC